UUAGUACAGAAUACGCGUGCUGAUUGGCUUCGUAAGUCUUUUGUCGUCCUUUUACUCUCGUGAUAUUCGAUUGCGAGUUGUGCGAUGCGAUGGCAGAAAUUCACUGGAGUGAAUGGUAAUUACUUGUGAUUUUUGAAAGCUGACUAGCCUAUUUUUGGGUAUUGCAUUUAGACUGCGAUCUGUAAGAUUGCGGUUUUAUUUAAUGGGUUUGAAAAAAUUUACGUGUAAGUUGAUGAAUUUACUCGUUACGAUGGUACAAAUGCGUAAUUUCCUUCUAUCAGGUUACGAGUGUGUUCAUUUACGAGUAGAAUUUAUAUCUGGUCGUGAUCUUGUUUUGUAUGUACUCGUAAACGGAUAGAUAAAUAUGUGUGUAGUUCUGAUGCCAUUUGAGUAUGUGUUUUGGGUGUAUUAAAUGACCCUCGAGUGUAGACUUUGAAUUAGAACCGGUGAAAUACAAUUAUUAAACGAAUCGACGAGGCAGCUGCGAAAUUUAAAUUUUUUGGUAUUUAUAAGUGUUCAUUUUUGACAAACGUAUUCAAUUAGGUGAGAUUUUCCAACAAAAAAAACUUUCUUGAAAAAAAAUCAAAUAUCUACAUUAGAGCUGAAUGCCAAGAAUGAGAACAUGUCUGAGACGAUAUUCAUUCAACUCCUGCUCAAAUUUAUACCAAAAAGUAAGCUCAAAAACAUUAAAAAGAUGAGAAUAAUAUGUAUGACAGUACGAAGCCCCAAGUGGCUCAAGUACUGCUCGACAAGAAGUUGCUGCUAUCCAAUUGCAUUCCCUAUGUCACUUUUCUACAUUCGCUCAUAAAAGAAAUUGAAUCCAAAACUUUUGUAACUUCUCAAAAUCAAAAACAGGUCUUGUAAUGCCAGGGAAAUUUCCAUUUUGUAUUACAAAAGACAGUGUGUCCAAAAAUUUUAGCUGUCGUGAUGAUUAUUUUUUUUACAAUUUUUUGCUUAAGUACCUAUGUGAAAUUCUUAUUUCAGAAAUUGCGGAUAGGAUAAGAUACAAUGCUUGAAUUUUUUGAUUGAGGUGUUUUAAUUUCAUUGAUCACCAGGUGCUGUGUAAGUCAUUGAGAAAAAAUGGCUCAACAUACUCGAGUGUUUCGUUGACUUUCAUUUUGAAGAAUUCACUAUCAUUUUAUGGUAGCCUAGAUACUUUUGAUUCUUCAAAGUUUCGAAUCCUUUACUCAAAAUUUCUGAGGAAACGUCUUUCUUCAUUGCCUUUUUUGUCACAUCUUCUGCGCAUUUUAAAUGCCGAUAAUUAAAAAAAUUGAAUUUCCUUCCCUACCUACUCAACUAUGUAGGUACAACUAUACUUCAGCUUGAAAUAUACAUUAAUUUCAAUAAAUCACCAUAUUACCGAGUAGUUUGGGUUUUAAUAGGGCGAAUCGGGUAGUCGUUGAUUUUUUAUGGAAAAUUGAAGCAAGGAUUCGCAAAUUUUAAAAUUUACAUUGAAAAUUAAAAAUAAAGAAGUUUUUUGUGGUAGGUACUUGACUACUUGAUCGUCCAUUGUAUGUAUCUGCUUGAAAGUAAGAAAAUCGUUUUUGUUUUUUCACUUUUCUAAGGGUUUGCAUUACUACAAAAAUAAUACCUACGAUUUUGGAAAUAUUUAAAAGUUGUGUAAAAUAACCUAAAAAAGUAAAAUAAAAAUUCAAAAACAGUGUUCUCACUUCUAGCGAGUGGAUGUACCUGAUGAUAAUCCAUCAUCACACAAAAUUAUUUUUUCAAUUUUUUUUAUUAUUUUCGAUGUUAAUUUUAAAAUUUGAAACGCCAGUAGAAAAGUGAUGGUUCAAGUCAGAGAUGGAAAAUUUAUUCUAUAGCCUUUUGAGGUCUCUUACAACUUUCUAUCAAAUUCCUCCCCCCCCCCCAAUUUUCCAAAAAAAAAAAUCAAAGACGACCCGUCCUCCUAAUAUUAGAGGGAAUCGUUCAAGAUUUCAAACACAACACCCAAUAUUUUCAUUUUUACCCUAUUGAUAUGUAUUUUGCAUUUUCUAAAAAAUUAAAAAAUAGAAAAAAGCAAACAGCACGUACAGCUAUUGUUGAUGGCUUUCAUUCAUCUUUCUGACAAUAAAUACAUAAUUGGAGAUGCUUCGAAACCAGUCUGGAAAAUCCUGUGACAUUUUGGGAAUUUAAUUUCUUAGAUUAUGAAACCCUGGAGAAAAAUUUGAUAAUUAUUUUCAAAGAGCACUUCAAUGUACACCUUAUAUACCUAAUAUAGGGGCUGCCUUCUUAAUCCCAACGGCAGACUCGUGGCAUCACUCCGGCUGCUUGUUUUGGUAUUUUAUACAGUGUUCUUCUUAGAUCUUUUUUUUUAAACAACUUGAAAUAAGAAAAAAUCGUUCAGAAUUAUUCUGAAUAAAAAGUUUUCCUAUCUUAGUAUCAUUACCAAUAUUUACUCGUACACAUAGAAUUUGAAUCACAAUUUAUAGCGAGCAUCAUCUAUCAUUAAAAAAUUAUUUUUGAUUAUAGUCCUUCUUUUUGGUCUAUUAUUUGUAAUGAAUGAAAAACAACAUGGACAAUUAUAAAAUUCACAUUUGAAGCUUCCUUGGUCUACCUCUUCCAUUAUCCUAAAUGUUAGCGCCGAUGACAUACCGAGAACAAACCCUUAUCAAUAGUGAAUAGGUACAUUUAAUUUAGAUAUGUAGGCAUCCCAAAAAUUGAAUACAACAUUCGCUUCAUUGCACACAUGGUCCAUUUCGUCGAUUGAAAAAUUAUGCAUUUACCAGUGGCUCAUUUUCUACCCCAAAAUUAAGUAUUUUUGAGCUGCCUCGAAAAAAAUGACUCGGCUUCCUGAGGCGAUGGUAGAUCCUUCUGCUUGAAAUGUUGAAUACAGCAACUCAAACUACACAGACAUAUUUACUUUUCUGGCUCUAGAAAUUGAAGGGACAAAGUUGUGCUGGUCUUCGUUUUAGUUCAACUUCAAAAUUAAAGAAGUUAUCAUGGACUCAAAAUUGACAGAACGCGAACAGAACACAUUUUAUAGAACUUCAAAAACACUGUAAAAAAGUUCAUUCUUAAAUUUUUCCUAUGUCCAAAAUUGAAGGAAAUGCAACAUUUUGCAAAUUUCAACCCAUCAUAGACUCUUCUAUUUUACUCGUAAAGUUGUGCUGAAACUUUUCGAAGUAUUUCAACGUGGCGUAAUCAAUUAUUCAAGUCUGCAAUAUUUCAAGUGUUAUGCAACCAUGAAGAAGAAAUUUGAAACUAAGUGUACCGUUAAAAUGGUGAUUUUGCCCUGAGAAGAAAUUUUGAAAUGAACUAAUGUAAUGAUAAUAAUUAUGUUUCAAAACCCUCAAAAUAAAAUUCUUAGAUCGCUAGUUUACCUCUUAGCCCUUCCAAACGGAGUGAAAUUGUAGUUUUGAAACUCUCAUCUUGAGCACUUUUUAACGGAAUUUUUUCAACUUGGCAGUAGGAUACUAGACGCCAUCAAGGCUUAUUUAUGAAAAUUUUCGAGGAUUAUUUUCAAACGUAUUUUUUUUCAGCGAAUUGUAAAUACAUAUUUUUUUUUAUUUUUUCAACGAUAUUUUUGGAAAUUUUUUUCAGACCUACAAUCAUUGUAUGUAUUUACCUAGUUUAAUAAUUGUACAACAUAAUAUUUUUUGAAGAUUUUUUUUGGGGGGGGGGGUAGGUAGGUAGAAGGUCUUCAAAAACACUGUUUUUUUUCACGAUGUUUCCCGCUUGAAAUGGUCAAUUUUGGCUGAAAAUUGCGUUCCUUGCAAUACGAGUAUAGGCUAUCAUUAAGACUCGAAAAUACACCAUAAAUCUGAAUUUGAAACAAUUCGUCAUAACAAACCCUCUCUUAAAACUCAUGUUUAGACGAGUAUCAACUUGGAAAUGCAACAUACAGUAAAAGCAGAACUUUUUUUUUAUCUACCUACUUACUAAUUUUUACCGAAGUGAUAUUUUUCCAUUCUGAAGAAUGUAAGUAUCCACCAUUAAUACCUACUUACACGAGUGUAAAAAAAUCAAAGAUUUCAAAUUUUGCUGAAAUUACAAUAUCUGAUAUACAUAUUAUUUCAAAUUGAUACUGAUGUAAACAUGAGUUUCGGUCUACUAUGUUAUGUGAGUAGGAGUCAAAAGGUUCCCAAAAUGGCGUGAUUUACAUUUUUCAAUAAAGAUAUGAAACUGUAAAAAAUAACGGAUUUGGUUCAAAUUCAGUUUUAUGGAGUAUUUUUGAUUCUUUCAUGACAUAAUGCGAGAAAAAAAAUUUCCACCAAAAUUGACCCAUUUAGGCGGGAAAAAUCGUGAAAAAAAUCAGUAUUUUUAUAUGUAUUUUUGAUGAUGUUUUACCCACGAAAAAAUUUUAUUUAGUAAAAUUCUAGACUAGAUAUACUGCAUAUUUAGUUUUCAUCAUCGCAGCUCUGAAAAAAUUUGCCAAAAAUACCGUUGAAAAACUAAAAACGUGAAUUUUUUUGCUGUGAAAAUACGUUUGAAAAAAAUACCCAAAAAUUUCAAUAAAUGAUUCUUAAUAGUGUACAUACAUAACAUUCAUACCAGUUUGAAGAAAUUCGGUUGAAAACCAUCAAAGGUGAGAAUUUGUCGAAUUAAUUGAAAUUUUUACCUUACUUGGAGAAGGUUUGGAGUGAGCUCGUGAUGCAGAAAUUUCCAAGAUUUUAGGUCCCUACAGAUCAUAAGAAGUAAGAACUAAUCACCCUUGAGGUUUAUUUUAAAAUCUCGCUCAGAACCGCAGUACUAGGUAUUCUCAACUGCGGAUAUGGCCUUUGAAGUUCUAGUAGGGAGGGGGGGGGGGGCAUUCGACAUAGCCUACUGUAAAUCGUUCAAUGGGUAGUACCUGAUGUCCACGUUUCAUGUACGAUGAUUUGCCUAACCAGUUUGCCGUAAAUAUUACGCAUUUAUCAAAUGCCAUCGAACGAGCUGAAUGACGUCAGAUUGAUAUGAUAUCGAUGAAAGAAGGUGUUCGAUAAGUUAGUGUUUAUGAUAUCUAAAUCUACAUAUCGCUGUAUUUGUCGUUACCACCGCCAUACCAUAUAUUGUGAGAGAGUGUUCAUUUUAUUUUGAUCGAAAUUGUAUUUAUCACAUACCUUUGUAUACGUAAGAAUGAUACCUUCAUUUUUGCUAGUUUAGUUUAUCCAUAGUUUGUAAAUAUAAUUACGUAAUUGACUACUUACGGAUGUAAGUACGAUAGCAAAUUACGAAUAAAAUUAAGGUUCAUGAGCCUCUUCACGAUUACAUUUUUGCAAAAAAAAAAAAAUGCCUAUAAUCGUUGAAGGUCUAUGUAUAUUGUAUAUAUAUGUAUUUUUUUUUACUACUUUUGUAUGUAAUUAUAAAAGCCAUCGAGAGUAAAAUAUUUUUACGUAAUUAGAUACAUUUUAUUAGCAUGAUAUUUCCGGCGUUGAAACUAAUGAAUUCAUAUACGCGUGAAAAACGGAUAUCCAAAAAAGACAAAUGAAAAUACUUUACGAAAAUCAAUUACUUAAAAUAAAAUUAAUGGUUUUAAUAAAUGUUUCGUUAUGGUAGAUUGGGCGUGGCCAUUUUUCGCAGAAGUAGAAAAUUACCUGUUGAAGGUAUCGCUUCAUUUGAAAUCCAUGUGUAGGUUUAUCCGUGUUCUAGUUUCUAGUGAGCUUUUUAACGUGCAUUGGACUUGGGCAGUGGGUAGGAAGGGGAGGGAGAUCGUCGAGCACAACGUGAAUUAAAUGCAUUAGGUAUACAUACCGUGAAAUCAAAUUUAAAAAAUGUUUAAAACGAGAAAAUAUAUACUCGUACAUAUAAAAUGUGAUUUAAAGCGAAAUAUUUUCCCUAGGAAAUUUCACCAUUUUUACGAAUAAAAAGAAUGCAAAACACGAGAUGUUAUAUUUUUUACGAAGUCGCUUCGAUUUGCGAGAAAUUCAUCGUGCUCGUCUAGUCGUACAAAAUGUUGCAGCCUGUGUACUUAAAUAACCAUUUGCGUUUCGUAAUGAUGUUUCUCUUUAUAUCAAUGAAACAGAAACGAAAAAAAAAAAAAAGAAAAAAAACACUACCGAGUAAAUUUACUCGAUGACCUAAAUUCUCAUAAGUACGUGGUUUUUACCUCAUUUCGCCGUUAUUUCGGCGACGAAUUCUGUUGGAAAAGUUUUUAUUGCGACGAAAAAGUCGCUUGAAUUUAUAAGACGAUAAAACUCUACGUGUAACUUGUAUUCGGUAGGUAACUUUGAAAAAAUGGAUGCGAGUUUUGAAAAAGAAUUCAAGUCGACGACGUAGGUAGGUAAUUGUACGUGUGGAAUCGUAGGUUUUGGUGUAUAUUAUUGUAUGUAGGUAGGCUGCGCCCAUAAUCCUAUAUGCAUGUUCGUGAUAUGUUAAUCACCCCAUCAGCGUGUUACUCUCUACGUAUCCCUAUUUCAUUUAUGCGAAGGUACUUUAUCAUUUGCACGCCACUAUUAUUCAGUAGGGAUAAUGUAUCAGUAUUUUCAUCAAAGAAAUUAUCAUCUCAUUUUUCAGUCAAGUUUACCACAAAUGCUGCUUUAAAGCGUGAUAACUCUCGUAUGCCAAAAGUAUAUACCUACCUAUCGCGUGGAAUAUAUACUCGUAUUUAACAUUUUAUUCGUACCUAGUGACUGCGUAUACACGUACACGUACACGUGCCGCUAUGGAGGUGCCUGUGAUUACUGGAAUUUUGCGAAAAUCGCCCGAAAUGACUCGAUCAACAGCCGUACACGGCGUACAGCCGAUCAAUCACGAUGAGAAUGUGUCCAUUUCAACAAUAACCCUCCAGGAUAAAGGAUCGGUUCGAUUUUCAGACGGAGAUUUAGACGUUUCCAAAAUGAAUCCAAGAUUACUGACCACACCGACAGAAAAAGUUAGAUUUACUUAUGAUAGAAAUCCGCUGGAAAGCAGUACGUUACCUGUAAACGAAGAAGAUGACGAAGACUAUUCAGCCAGCGUUAACGCAAUCAUACAACGACGAGUUUCAUCAAAGCGUAAAAAACGUCGUUCUUCGUCACCUUUCUCACACGAAGAUUUCAGCGCUCAAUCAUCACCUCGCAGAAGAUCAUCCGGAAUAACAGUAACUUCUUUAGAAACGAACCCGUCCACAGAAGAUUCUGGUAUCAAAGAGGAGCAAAUUUAUGAAAAUAUUCGCCUACACAAAGAGGUAAUCACUAAUGUAAAACAGCAACCGUGGCCAAUUCGUCGUAAAUUAAAGUUACUUCAGCAAGCUAAAGCUUACGUGAAACGACACGAAGGUGAACUUCAAGAUCGCCUGAAGCAGAGUCGAAGUACAAAAGACAUUUUGACUCGUUUUAAUAUUCUCAUCAUCAAGAAAUGGCAGCAUACGAAACGAGAAAUUAUCAAUUUUAUGAACCUUUUAAUACCUUGGGAAUUACGAAUAAAGGAAAUUGAAUCACAUUUCGGUACCGUGGUCGCUUCGUAUUUUACCUUUCUCAGAUGGCUGUUUUGGGUCAAUUUAAUGAUUUCAAUUAUACUGACCGCUUUCGUUAUUGUACCUGAGAUUUUAAUGGAUAAACACGGCAAAGAUGACGAGAGAAGAACGUUAUUUUUGAAUAAUACGCGAUUAACAUUCGAUAUGAUUCUGAAUUUCGAGGGAGUGAUAAAAUAUUCUCCGAUAUUUUACGGUUACUAUUCGAACAAAGAAGAAGUUAAAACGAAUUACAGAAUACCCACAGCGUACUUUAUGAUUGGCAUUGGAGUUUAUAUUUACAGUUUCAUCGCUAUUUUACGAAAAAUGGCAGUAAAUUUCCGUCUAAGUAAACUGUCAGAAAAAGAAGAUGAAUGCAUUUUCACGUGGAAGUUAUUUACCGGAUGGGAUUAUAUGAUCGGCAAUGCGGAAACACGACACAAUCGUACUUCUUCCAUUGUUCUUGGUUUCAAAGAAGCUCUUCUCGAAGAAGCCGAAAAAAAGAAAGAAAAGCAAAGCUGGAAGGUGAUCUCGAUUCGUAUUUUUGUCAACAUCAAUGUAAUUUGGAUGCUGAUUUUUUCGGCUAAAACGGUUAUUCACGUUGUGACUAAAUCCAGCGAUAGAGAAGAGACGAUAAAUGAACACGAUCCUGCUGUAGUAAAAUGGUGGAAACAGAAUGAAACUACUGUCGUUAUGACUGUUAUUGGAAGCGUUUUUCCGUUCGUUUUCGAAAUAUUUGGCUGGAUUGAAAAAUAUCAUCCUCGUAAAACAUUACGAAUUCAACUGGGAAGGAUUAUGGCUUUGAAUCUACUCAACUUGUAUACUCUCACGUUCGCACAAUUUAAUCAAAUUGGAAAUAUGAAUGGACAAUUGAAAGCAAUCAUGACUAGUUUAUCUACAAACGGGACGCAUAAUUCUACAACGAUGUCGCCAAUAGCACAAGCGCUGGUAUUUCAAAGCGGCUGUAUGAGUAUCGACUGUGCUUCAACUACUCCAGAAAUGCUACCUCAGAAAUUCCAAGAAUUCGAAAAAAAUAAUCCAUUUUUUACCGAUCCAGCAAAAAAAUAUGUAAGAAAUACGCUUCCAGCGCAUAUCCACAUUAGAACCAUGGAACAUAAUUCUGAGCCGAAAAAUACUUUUGGAACGGUCCAAUAUACAACUUCAUCGAUGAUUUGGAGCGGGAUUACUGAUCCAGAUCAAUCUGCAACAGAAAUGCAAACGUCGCAAUCAACUGAUGUUUCAUUGACCGAUGGUACCACUGAUGACUACGUUGUCACUUCGGAUGACUUAUUUAGUGAAAUUACUACCCCUGAAAAUAUUUUCAAUGAAUCUGAGGAGACGUCUACGUUUCUGGAAUUCAAUACAAGUAUUCCUUUCUUUGUGACGACUAAUUCUCUCGAAACAUCGACUGAGAAUAGCACAUAUUUCACAUCAUCUGCUACGACAAAUAUCUUAAAUAAAACAGAAUCCGUUGCUGAUAAUGUCACAACACCAAUAUCGCAUCAAAUAUCUUUCAGCGAACCGAAUAACUCGCAGACUUUAUCAACAAUUACGACAUUCAAUGAAACUCCUACUUUUCGAGAAGUUACUCCUACAAGUUCUUUAUCUUCUGGUGUCACUUCCACUCCAAAGAAUGCGAUGGAGACUACGGCAGCUCAUACGGAUUGUACCAAUGAGCAAGAUUUGAAUCGACGAGACGAUUAUAUUACAAGAAUUGGUUCUUUAAACCACUCCGAUAAAGAUAGGCUGAGUAAAUUAUGUUGGGAAACAAUGUUUGGUCAGGAGUUGGUUAAAUUAACAGUGAUGGAUUUGGCCGAGAAUAUAUUUUCCACAUUUUUGGGUGAUUUUAUUCGAGCUUUAUUGGUUAGGUAUUUGAAUAAAGUAUGGUGUUGGGAUUUAGAGAAAAAAUUUCCGAAGUACGCCGAUUUCAAAAUAGCCGAGAAUAUUCUUCAUUUGGUCAACAAUCAAGGCUUGGUUUGGAUGGGUAUGUUUUUCUCACCCGGAUUGCCGUUAAUAAAUGUGGUGAAAUUGAUGAUAAUGAUGUAUCUGAGAUCGUGGGCAGUAUUGACUUGCAACGUACCUCACGAAGUGGUAUUUCGAGCAUCUCGAUCGAAUAAUUUCUAUUUAUUUUUGCUUCUGACGAUGUUGUUUCUGUGCGUUUUGCCCGUCUGCUAUGCGAUCGUUUGGUUAGAACCAUCUUGGCACUGCGGACCAUUUGCUCAAGAGAAGAAAAUUUAUAUAAUAUUUGUUCGAAGUUUAAAAGAUUCUAUUCAUAAAAAAUUACAUUGGAUAUUAGAUUACAUGGCAUCGCCGGGUACAGUUAUACCACUCAUAAUCGUGCUGCUUCUGGUUAUUUAUUACUUGGCAUCACUAACGUCAGCGUUACGAGAAGCAAACGUCGAUUUAAAAAUUCAAUUACGUAGAGAACGCACAGAAGAACGAAAGAAGAUGUUUCAAAUGGCCAGUCGUCGUAAAAGAGGAGGUAGCGAUGUUGAUUCGACGUUCGCAAAAUGGAAAAAAAUCCUUCAAGAUGUACCAUCGACCAAACUUUCUGAUGAAAUCGCUUUUCCUGAUAACGCAGAUGAUAUUGCAAAAGCUGAAGAUACUGAUGCAGAUGCUGGUCUUCUGAAACACGACGAAGAAGAGAAACAAAAAAUUAAAAAAAUAUUCCGCGCCAAAAAUAAAACCGAGUCAGCAUCCGAAAAAAAAUGGGGAACUUUAUUACGUAUGGUACCAAAACAACAGAAAGAAGCCAUCGAUAAGGAAAGCGAUUCAACAACAUCUUCAAUCAAAGAUGACUCUUCGAUGAAAUCAGAUAUCCCAGAAAUUAAAAUCAGUCGCGUUCAAACUUGCGAAAACUUGAUGAAAACAGCUGAAAAAAUAAAACAACCAACUACUUCGAAAAUAGAGGAAGAAAAGGUCGAAGCAACCAAAGAAAUCGAAUGUCAACUACCCAAAGCUCGUGCAGUGCUCGAAAAGCUACAAAAAAGAUCAAAUUUAAAACAAAUAGGUAAAAGUGCCGGUUUUGAUUCCGACAGCGAUGAAAUCGAGGAUGAUGUUUUCGUCGAAACCGUCGUCGUCGAUGUACCCGAAUUACCCAGAAUCACCGAAAGCAUCAGUAAUCGCAUAAAACGUCGAUUGAAAAAAGUUCUCUCCAUGGGAAGUCACGAAGAAGAUCAACAGAUUCCCGAACAAGGUAGAAGAGAAGAGAGAUUAUCUUUACCGCAACAAAAAUUCAGCCAAGAGGAACCCGAGACAAAACCCAGCUUGGAGAAGUUGAACGUUGAUGUUUUAGAAAUACCUUCUACAUCUAAAAAGAUUCUAAGCGCAAAAGACGAACAAAUUUUAGAACAACGUCGAAGUAAAUUAGUUAAAUCAGAGAGUAUGAAUAUGGAAAGAGAUAGUAAGUGGAAAAACUACAUGUUACGUAGGAAAUCAUCUUUAGAUGAACUUCAUCUACGUUUACCAGAUGUUUAAUAAGUUACCAAUGUUCUAUUUUAUAAUUAAGCCAAAAUCAACUUUAUACGACAAUGCUAAAAUAUUUUAUUAUUAAAAUUACAACUUUCCUCGAAUAAA